CGAUUCUUGUAACCUUCUAGGGUUUAAGCCUCUCUCCGUCCGUCCGUGAGAUUUUAGUCACCAGAUUGAAAAGUUGUAACCUUUUCGAACCGUCUGAAGUAAUCUCCCAUGUCCAUGAAUGGUCAGAGAAGCUCUCCAAUUCCUCUCUCGCCUGACAAAGUCUCCGUCUUUCCCACACCCACUCACCUGCAACAACCACAUCCACCACCUCAUCACCUCCCGCUGCGGCGCCCUCUCUCUCAAACUCGUAGCCUACUUAGUCUCCAGAGGCUACGCUCCUCACCGCUCUUCCUUCAAUUCAAUCGUAUCCUUACUCUGCAGAUCGGGGCAGGUUAGAUUCGCCGAGGACAUCGUCCGGGCCAUGCCAAAGUUCGGAUCUUUACCGGACGUCGUCUCUUACAACUCCCUGAUCGAUGGGUACUGUAGAAACGGCGACGUGUGUAACGCGAGUUUGGUGUUUGAGAGGUUGAGGAGAAGAGUCUCUUCUUGCUGCAUCAGACCUGAUGUGGUUAGCUUCAACUCCUUGUUUAAUGGGUUUGGCAAGAGGAGGAAGAUGCUGGUGGAGGUUUCUUUGUAUAUGUGUGUUAUGCUCAAGUGUUGUUCCCCGAAUGUUGUUACUUACAGCACUUUGAUCGACGCGUUCUGCAGAUCGGGAGAGUUGGAGUUGGCUUUGAAGUGUUUUGGGUUUAUGAAGAGAGAUGGUUUGGCUCCGAACGUGGUGACUUUCACUUGUUUGAUCGAUGGGUAUUGUAAAGCUGGAGGCUUGGAGGUUGCUGUUUCGUUGUUCGAAGAGAUGAGACGCGUUGGGAUGUCUAUGAACGUUGUUUCUUACAGUGCGUUGAUUGAUGGGUUCUGUAAACGAGGGGAGAUGCAGAGAGCUGAGGAGUUGUUUUGCCAGAUGCGGGAGGAUGGAGUGGAGCCGAACUCUCUUGUGUACACCGCGGUUAUCGACGGGUACUUCAAGAAGGGUGAUGCUGUGAAUGCAAUGAGGUUUCUUGCGAAAAUGCUUAACGGAGGGAUGAGGCUUGAUACCGCUGCUUACGGUGUGAUCGUGUCGGGGCUCUGCGGUGUCGGUAGAGUGAAGGAGGCGGCGGAGGUGGUGGAGGAUAUGGAGAAAGGCGGUUUAGUUCCUGAUGAGAUGAUCAUGACGACGAUGAUGAGUGGUUAUUUUAAAUCCGGGAGGGUGGAGGAUGCGGUUAAGGUGUACGGUGAGUUCUUAGAGAGAGGGUUUGAGCCUGAUGUUGUAGCUCUUUCGAGUAUGAUCGAUGGGCUUGCGAAGAGCGGGCGGCUACAUGAAGCUGUUUCUUAUUUCUGCAAGGAGAGAGCUAAUGAUGUUAUGUACACUGUGGUUAUCGAUGCUUUGUGUAAAGAAGGGGAGUUUGUAGAAGUUGAGAGGCUUUUUGGCGAACUUGUUCCUGAUAAGUUCAUGUACACUUCUUGGAUAGCUGGUUUGUGUAAGCAAGGGGACUUGGUGGGUGCGUUUAAGCUGAAAACCAAAAUGGUUGGAGAGGGUCUUGAGCUCGACUUGCUGACGUACACGACGUUGAUCAACGGGUUAGCUAGCAAGGGGUUGAUGGUGGAGGCUAGACAGGUUUUCGACGAAAUGCUGAGAAGAGAGAUCAGGCCUGAUUCGGCUGUGUUUGAUCUGUUGAUUAGAGCUUAUGAAAAAGAGGGAGACAUGGCCGCUGCUUCGGAGUUGCUUCUUGAUAUGCAAACUAGAGGGCUUGUAACAGUGGUAAGUGUUGAGGAGUGCAGCAAACAAUGUGACAGUGAAGUAACUUGUACUUGAACUUCCUGGUGAUUUUGUUAAAUGUGAUCUUUACAUUUAUAAAUCAAUAUUUUUAACAUAA